UUGAAGUCAUGGCAGCGCUGAGACAGGAGCAUCGGUAUGGGCUCUCCUGUGCAAAAAUCAACAAGAAAGCUCAAAAUAAAACUCUAUUUCACGUCAAGCUAACCGAUACCGCCAUUCGAACGCUUGAAGCCUAUCAGAAUCUUAAGGGAUCCUUACCAAAUCAGCCAGCAGUUUGCUUCAAGGGGAGCCAGGGGUAUAUCAAGAUCCCCGCCCCGUCCCCAGAGGCCCCAGAUGCACUCCGGGUCUUCUCCUUCUACCUGUCCAGUGAUAGCAAGGACAAACCUCAGGCCAGCUUUGACUGCAUCCACCAGCAUGUCUCAGGGGAGGGCAGGGAGCACCUGGAGGGCCAGGGCAGUAUUCAGGACAAGAUCACUGUGUGUGCCACUGAUGACUCAUACCAGAUGACCCGAGAGCGCAUGUCUCAGGUUGAGAAGGACAUCAUGAGCAGGUCGGCCAUCGAGAUCAAACCAGGCACCACACAUGGUAAAUGUGUGAAGAUCCAGAGGAAGCAGGGCCUGUCGUCAGGCAUGGACAGCAGCAGCAACAAGCACUCCCCUAACAACAAGAAGAGCGGGGCCCCCAGCCCAGUAGCCCUCAGGCCCCUGAGAGACCGCAUCAUCCACRUCCUGGCCUUAAAGCCCUACAGGAAGCCUGAGCUGCUGUUGUGGCUGGAGAGGGAGAGGGCCACUCCCAAGGACAAGACUGACCUGGGAGCAGUACUGGAUGAGGUUGCUAAACUGAACCACAAAGAUCACAGCUUUACUCUGAAGGAUGAGUUCUACAGGCUUGUCCAAAAGGAUUGGCCCGGUUACCUGGAGGAAGAGAAGCCGCUCAUCCAUAGGCUCCUGGCCAGGAAACUGCAGCCACUGAGCAGCAGUAGCCAGUUGAAGAGUUUCCAGUCAAACCAUUCAUUCCACAAAACCCCUGCGGAUUCUCCGUCACAACUCAGCCCGGUCAAGACUCCCUCUGUGAAACGCCCCGUGCCCUCCGACCUAUCCGAUUAUCAGACCCCCAAAAAGCAAAGACUAUUAGACCACAGUUUAUCCCUGCAGUCCCCUUCCAAUGGACAGCUUGGUCCCUUUGGAGCCCGUAGCUCAUCUGGUCCAGGCAACACCAGUGUACAGACCAAAACAGAGUUUGAGAGAACCAACAAUCACGUCCAGGGAAGCCCUAAUGGUCUCUACACACGGCAUAAACUGGGUUGCUCCUCCAGUAUUCCCAAGCUGGAGAGGACAGAGCCAGGCCUAGCAGUACCAAGCCCCAAGCCCCCACAGACUGAGCCCUCCAUCUGCACUGACCAGCAGCUAGCCAACGGCCAGCACAAAAAGAAGAAGUCCAAGAAGCACAAAGACAAGGACAGGGAGCGCUUAAAACAGGACUGGAUAGAGAACAGUCCCGACCUGAAACAGAACCAGGAAAACAUCACUGACAAUGAGGGGGCUAAAACACCUGUCACUCGUACAUCACCGGAGGAGCUGCCCGACUAUUUAAUAAAGUACAACACCAUCACAGCCUCAGAACAGCGACAACAGUACAAGCAGGAUUUCUGUGCAGAGUACGAUGAGUACAGGGCCCUGCACGACCGGAUCGGUACCAUUACUGAGAUGUUUGUUCAGCUGGGUUCCAAGAUAAACACUCUGUCCCCCGGUACACAGGAAUACAAGCUCAUGGAGGAGCAAAUACUGCAGAAAUACAGAAAGUAUAAGAAAAAGUUCCCUGGUUAUCGGGAAGAGAAGAAGCGAUGCGAGUAUCUGCAUCAGAAACUUUCUCACAUCAAAGGUCUGAUCCUGGACUAUGACCGUACCCAGGCCCCUUCAUAGUGACUGGCCUGCACCCUGCUGCCACAGGGUGUUACUGUAUCAAUGGACCAAAAGACUCCCCAUGGACCAAAAGACUGCCCAGCCAAGCCUGGGUCCUGGAGUGACCUGGAAUCACAUAUGAAUCACACAUUCACUUCACUCCUCCCAGUGUUGAUGGGAGAGAGGAGCGAUGUUCUCUUAUAUGAAGUGGGCCAAGACCAGCAACUUGUGAGCAAUUGAAACCCUUUAAUGUUUUUUUUUGUUGAGGGCGAGUGUUGUAAUGACUAGAAUUUGUUGUGGCGUAUAAAUCAUAAGAUGACACAAUUUAAGCCAAAUUCCUUUUUCUACCCAUAAUGCAAAAUGUACAUGAACUCUCCUGCCCAAAUGCUUUUAUCGUUUGGUCUAUUAUCAUGACUACACACAAAGGCAUAUUGGUUUGAUGGUACAAUCAUAAGGACAGAUAAGAACAGAUGCUCUUCAUACCCAGUCUUCUAUCAAUGCUAUAUUUAAGUACCCAGUACAAUUUGUUUGCUGUUUCACUGAAUGUAUAGAUGUAAAAUAAUUAUAUAAAGUCUUCAUUCCUAUAGAGAGGGUUGUAAUCACUGGAUUAAGAUUAGGGAAAGCUGGAAGAUAUUUUAUGUUCUGUGGAAAUGUCUUAGACAUGACUUCUUGGCCAUAUCCCUGCCAUUGUUGAUGUCCCAGGCAGAAUACAAAAUGUAGACUAUCUAAAAAAGGAGGUAGACUAUGUAUGCUGAACAGCAGCUAUAAAGAGGAAGAAUAUUGUAACUGUAAAAAGGUAGGAGUGGCCUAAACAUCAGCAUUUCAGGUAUUGAUACAUAGUUUUAAAAAAAAAUACAAAAUUACAAAGAAAAAUACCGUACACGGUUUGACAAUUAGCUAAGACAUUAACAAAAAAACUUGUUUGGUAAAUGCUCCAAUUGGUCACAAUCUAAAGUACACUUGAACUUGUUGUUCAUUUCAAUCAGUAUUAGUAAUGCUCUUCCAUUGUGGAAUACAUUAUUUGCAUAGACUUUUUCUACGUUUCACAUGAUAAACCGAAAACAUCUACAACUAUUGAUAGUGUUAAUCAUUAGAACCUUUGAAACGUAUAUCUCAUUCUAUAACAAUCCUGUUUGUUACAGAAACAUUUCGCAAAUGUUUUAAAGCGCUGUAGAGAAAUACUGCCUCAUAGCCCAUAUCCCUGCCAUUGGUGAUGUCCCAGGCAAAAUACAAAAUGUAGACCAUCUAAAAAAUAACUGCUGAACUGCUGAACAGCAGAUAUUAAGAGGAAUAUUGUAAAAGGGUAGGAGUGGCCUAAACAUAAUGUUCUGUGGAAAUAUCUUAGACAUCUAUGAACUUAACUGUUUGAGCUGAUAAUUGAUCUCUUUGUUAAAGUUAAUGAUACAGUGCAUGUCAUUAAUCGGACAUGCCAGUCAAACAUCCUAUACAUCUGCCUCUAACCCAAACAUCACAUUCAGUCUAUGGUUCCUGUUGGCAGUAAUUAUGGCAUUCUGCUUCAUCAAAUAUGGGCAAGGGGAAUUGCCCCCUAAAAUGUGUAGGAUAGAGGAAAGUGCCAUAGUCAUACAGUAUACUCCCAUGUUUCUGUUUAAAACACGACAUCGUUACUGAAAGAACACUAUUCUGAAUAAGAACAGCAAUCAAGCACAAUUAAUAGAACAUUUGUCAAGAUUGUUGUGGCAUUCUAUUACCUACUUAUCCUUCUGGAUAAAUGGUUUUCAUUGUUUGAGCCAGUAUGCUCUGACCUUUGAUGGUAAUAAAGUUCAUACAAUAUUAACAAAUCUUUUAUUACCUCGAUCAAUAGUCCAUUAUAUUUGUGAGACUGGGUGGAAUACCAGAGCAUUUAACAGUACUUCCUGAAGCCCUUUUUAUAAGCUUGUGCUUGUGAAUGCUWUCUCAGUUCAGCAAGAAACAUAGGGUUGUGUCCAUGCAGUGAUUAAAUGCAAUGCCUUAAA